AUGGCUUCUGUCGCUUUCUUCGUGCGGUUUGUGGCUAUCUUCUUGCUGGUUGUAUCCAUUGUCUAUUGUGAUUGGGUCGCGUGGGUUGGGCAUGGCAAGCAUAAGAUCGAAAAUGGGAAUCUUGUGAAGCUGUUUGGAAACACAAAGAUGGCCGAGAAACCUGAGGAUCUUGGAUAUUACAAAAUGAUGCCGGGUUCUUGUGAUGUUGAGAUGGAUAAGGACGGAAAUAUAACAAUUUGGUACCUUAAAAAUUCCAUCACAGCAAAGGAAGGAUGCUCGAUUGAUUUUGUCAUGGCAGAUUUAAGAGGCAGUGACAUGUUCUUCAUUGAGUUUGGCAUCCAACACGAUAAGGGACUGACCGAUUGCUUGGCGGAUAUGUCUUCUACUAAAUGGUUAUCCCUCAAUCAAUCGGCUAUGACUUCUAAUUCGUUGGCCAUCGCUUUCGGUCUGAAGAAUGGUGAAUUUGAAGGAAUCAAAAGAGGAUAUCCGGAAAGACACAAAAAUUAUUGUGGGGACCUGUCCGAAUGUCAUAAAAAAGGAGGCAGAUGCUUGGAUGUUGCUGAUUAUACUAUUGGAUGGUCUCGAGAUGGAGAUAAGGUCAAAAGUACUCAUCAUCCAAUUGGCGAGAUUGAUUAUGGGUAUUGUGAUAUUAGAGAAGAUAUGAAUAAUAAGCAUAAGGCAGCAGCUAUUCAUUUUUAUGAUAAGGAAUUUAGAGGUUGCGGUAGAACCACGCCAACCUACUCUUGCUUCAAACAAGAAAAUGUUCGCAACCCAAAAAAAUGGAGAAUUACGGAUAGGGACCAUACCGAUAGAAUCUACAAUCAUCUCUUCACUUUCCACAUUCUUCCAACAACUUCAAUGCAAAUGAGCAUGCAAAAUAUUUGGAUUGAAUGUGAUAAAGAUGCGAAUAAGGAGAAUUGUAACGAAAAUGCGGCAUUCCAACAGUGUGACAAAAUGUUUGUGAAAUUUUACUCUUUCGCCUACAAAAUGCUCGUUCCUGAUAAUUCUGUCAAACAAACGACUACAGAAGAAACGACAACGAUGGCUACCUGUCCGCCUGUUGUUCCUUGCCCGGAUGCUGGUAAUUGUCCUGAUGAUGCUAAAUGCCCACCUUGUGUCACUGGCUGUCCGAACGUUGUUUCCAAUCCUAUACAUCCAGAAAAGUCAACUGAAAAAGUCGAAAUAAAGUCUAAAAAUGGAAGUAGUUUGACUGGAGUACCGUCAACUACAAAACCAUCCACAAAUGAUUGCCACAACGAAGGGACGAAAAAGGAUUCAAAGAAAACUUUGCAAAUUACUCUCGUUAUUGUUGGCUCUAUAAUAUUGCUUCUAAUGUUCACCGCUCUUCUCAUCUGUCUAUUCGUCAGCAAAAGUAAAUAA